GCGGCCGCCCCCCGCACCGCCCGGCGCGAUCAGGCCGUGACCGGAGCGGGGGGCGCGCCGAGCCGGGCGUGGAGGGGAGCCAUGGACUGCAGCCUCGUGCGGACGCUCGUGCGCAGAUACUGUGCCGGGGAAGAGAACUGGGUGGACAGUCGGACCAUCUACGUGGGACACAGGGAGCCCCCUCCCGGCACUGAGGCCUACAUUCCACAGAGGUACCCAGACAACAGGAUCGUCUCCUCCAAGUACACGUUUUGGAACUUCAUACCCAAGAACUUAUUUGAACAAUUCAGAAGAAUAGCCAACUUUUACUUUCUUAUCAUAUUCCUGGUGCAGCUGAUUAUUGAUACGCCCACAAGUCCGGUAACAAGCGGACUUCCACUGUUCUUUGUCAUUACUGUCACAGCCAUCAAACAGGGCUAUGAGGACUGGCUCCGCCAUAAAGCCGACAGCGCCAUGAACCAGUGUCCUGUCCACUUCAUCCAGCACGGCAAGCUCGUGCGGAAGCAGAGUCGGAAGCUGAGAGUUGGGGACAUCGUCAUGGUGAAGGAGAACGAGACAUUUCCCUGUGACUUGAUCUUCCUUUCCAGCAACCGGGGAGAUGGGACGUGCCACGUGACAACUGCCAGCUUAGACGGAGAAUCGAGCCAUAAAACUCAUUACGCAGUCCAAGACACAAAGGGCUUUCACACGGAGGAAGACAUUGACGGGCUCCACGCUACCAUCGAAUGUGAGCAGCCCCAGCCCGACCUGUACAGGUUUGUGGGUCGCAUAAAUGUUUACAGUGACCUGAACGACCCUGUGGUGAGGCCAUUAGGAUCAGAAAACUUGCUUCUUAGAGGAGCCAAACUGAAGAACACCGAGAAAAUCUUUGGUGUUGCUAUCUACACGGGCAUGGAAACCAAGAUGGCUCUAAAUUAUCAGUCAAAGUCCCAGAAACGAUCUGCUGUAGAAAAAUCCAUGAAUGUCUUUCUCAUCGUGUACCUGUGCAUCCUCAUCAGUAAAGCACUGAUAAACACCGUCCUGAAAUACGUGUGGCAGAGUGAACCAUUUCGAGAUGAGCCGUGGUAUAAUCAGAAAACUGAGUCAGAAAGACAAAGGAAUCUGUUCCUCAGAGCCUUUACCGACUUCCUGGCCUUCAUGGUCCUCUUCAACUACAUCAUCCCUGUGUCCAUGUACGUCACUGUCGAGAUGCAGAAGUUCCUUGGCUCCUACUUCAUCACGUGGGACGAAGACAUGUUUGACGAGGAAACGGGGGAAGGACCUGUGGUGAACACCUCGGAUCUGAAUGAAGAAUUAGGGCAGGUGGAGUACGUCUUCACGGACAAGACGGGCACGCUCACAGAGAACAACAUGGAGUUCAAGGAGUGCUGCAUCGAGGGCCACGUCUACGUGCCGCACGUCGUCUGCAAUGGGCAGGUCCUGCCAAAUGCCUCGGGCAUCGACAUGAUUGACUCCUCCCCGGGCGUCAGCAGCAGGGAGCGUGAGGAGCUAUUUUUCCGGGCACUCUGUCUCUGCCACACUGUGCAGGUGAAAGAUGACGAGGACAGCGUGGACAGCCCCCAAAAGUCACCGGACUCAGGGAAAUCCUGUGUGUACAUUUCAUCCUCUCCUGACGAGGUGGCACUCGUCGAAGGCGUACAGAGACUUGGUUUUACAUACCUGAGGCUAAAAGACAACUAUAUGGAGAUACUAAACAGGGACAAUGAUGUUGAGAGGUUUGAAUUGCUGGAAAUCUUGAGUUUUGACUCAGUAAGAAGGAGAAUGAGUGUAAUCGUAAAAUCUGCUACAGGAGAAAUUUAUCUCUUUUGCAAAGGAGCAGAUUCCUCGAUAUUUCCCAGAGUGAUAGAAGGCAAAGUCGACCAGAUCCGAUCCAGAGUGGAGCGCAACGCAGCGGAGGGGCUCCGCACUCUGUGUGUUGCCUAUAAGAGACUCACACAAGAAGAAUAUGGAGGCGUUUGUCAACUGCUGCAGGCUGCCAAAGUGGCCCUUCAAGAUCGAGAAAAAAAACUAGCAGAAGCCUAUGAACAAAUAGAGAAAGAUCUUAUUCUGCUUGGAGCGACGGCUGUUGAGGACAGGCUCCAGGAGAAGGCUGCUGACACCAUCGAAGCACUGCAGAAAGCUGGCAUCAAGGUCUGGGUUCUCACUGGGGACAAAAUGGAGACAGCUGCAGCCACCUGCUAUGCCUGCAGACUGUUCAGGAGAGACACGCAGCUGCUUGAGCUCACCACCAAGAAGAUUGAGGAGCAGAGCCUGCACGAUGUCCUGCUUGAGCUGAGCAAGACCGUCCUCCACUACAGCGGGAGCCUGACCAGAGACAACUUCUCAGGAUUUUCAACAGAUAUGCAAGACUAUGGCUUAAUUAUUGAUGGAGCUGCGCUGUCUUUAAUCAUGAAGCCUCGAGAAGAUGGGAGUUCCAGCAACUACAGGGAGCUCUUCCUUGACAUCUGCCGGAGCUGCAGCGCCGUGCUCUGCUGCCGCAUGGCCCCCUUACAGAAGGCCCAGAUUGUUAAGUUGAUCAAGUUUUCAAAGGAGCACCCCAUCACGCUGGCGAUCGGCGACGGCGCGAAUGAUGUCAGCAUGAUCCUGGAGGCCCACGUGGGCAUAGGUGUCAUCGGGAAGGAAGGCCGUCAGGCUGCGAGGAACAGCGACUACGCAGUACCGAAGUUUAAGCAUUUGAAGAAGAUGCUGCUUGUUCACGGGCAUUUUUAUUACGUCAGGAUAUCUGAGCUCGUGCAAUACUUCUUUUAUAAGAACGUCUGCUUCAUCUUCCCUCAGUUUUUAUACCAGUUCUUCUGUGGGUUUUCACAACAGACUUUGUACGAUACUGCUUACCUGACCCUGUACAACAUCAGCUUCACCUCGCUCCCGAUCCUGCUGUACAGCCUGAUGGAGCAGCACGUCAGCAUAGACGUGCUCAAGCGGGACCCGUCGCUGUACAGAGACAUCGCCAAGAACGCGCUGCUCCGCUGGCGGGUGUUCAUUUACUGGACGUUCCUGGGAGUCUUCGAUGCUCUGGUAUUCUUCUUCGGUGCUUACUUCGUGUUUGAAAAUACCACAGUGACCAGCAAUGGACAGAUAUUUGGAAAUUGGACCUUUGGGACGCUGGUGUUCACUGUGAUGGUAUUUACGGUCACACUAAAGCUUGCUUUGGACACACGCUACUGGACUUGGAUAAACCAUUUCGUCAUCUGGGGGUCGCUGCUGUUCUACGUUGUCUUUUCCCUACUCUGGGGAGGAAUUAUCUGGCCGUUCCUCAACUAUCAACGGAUGUACUACGUGUUCAUCCAGAUGUUGUCCAGUGGCCCCGCGUGGCUGGCCAUUGUCCUGCUGGUCACUGUGAGCCUCCUUCCCGAUGUACUCAAGAAAGUCCUGUGCAGGCAGCUACGGCCGACAGCAACAGAGAGAGUCCAGGACAUGCACCCGCAGCCUCGGGGUCACUCACCCCUCGCCUCCCCACAGGGCCCCCACCCCCCGGAGGUGGCCUGCAGGAGCUGGAGGGGCCCUGGCUGUCCACACAGCGGCCACGGGUCCUGCUUGGAAACACCCUUGUAACCCCCGAACGGUACUCAGUGGAGGCUCUGUGCUCCUGUGGACACCGCCACUGCGUCCCUGCCGGCUGUUGCUGUACUUGCUGAACUUUGAGACCCUUUGGUCCUCCUGGGGAGGGAAGUGGCUGAGUCAGCCCCUGACAGCGUCCCCUUUUCCCAUGGCCACCGUCCCCCCUCCGCAUGGUGAAGCGGGGGCAUCUGGGGCCAUCUGCUGAGGCUUCGGAGUGUCUCAGUGCGCACCCCGCCAUCAGUCACCCCAUGGAGAACAGAGUGUCUGCUGCAGCACUUCGAAGAAGGUGUUGAGAUCCACCUGCCAUGCCUGGGGACGAAGCUGUCAGCUUCCUGUCACUGGAAAGCUUCACGGGUGUUGGGGAGAGGAUGGGGGCCGGGGGUACCCAGGCGGAUACUUAGCUGUGACGGUCAGACCCCUUCCUCCUCAACAAGCCGCGGCCCCCAGGGAGCGGGCUUCUUCCAAGGUCUGUUUCAGGCUGACAUGGCCAGUGUCACUGGCGGGGACUGCCUUCGGGCUCUGCCCUCCAUGCCGCUCUGCGUGUUCUCACGUCACUCCACUGUCCUAGCUUUGGGCCAGUGUCUCUGUGGGGUGGGUGAGCCAUCAGAAGGCCAGUGUUGUAGAGUUCCUGUUACUUUCUCGCCGGCAUUCCUAUUUCUAGAAAUAAUCCAUGUGACGUAUGUAGCCUUAAUGGUUCUUAAAGGAGACAUUUCAGUUUGAGAUUCAAACUCCAGACACAGAAUUGAGCCUCUGUGGAAGAGCGUCACCCAGAAGUUGAAGGAAGAGCCGUCAGCCCCUUGCCUGCUACUAGAUGCCAUGCUGAGGAACUGCAGGACGUGGGGCGUCCGUUUCUGAGGUGCUCAAUAGUAGAUAUUUUGGGAAGUUCAAAUUUCACAAUUUGAUUGUAUAACGUUUUACCUAUAAAAUGGUUAUUUGAACUAGGGGGUAAGUUAACAGCAAGAACAGUGAGCACAGUGCUGGGAUGAAUUAGGGGCAGUGUAAACACCAUACCAAAGGUUAGGAUCCUGAGGGUCUGGUUUCGGACAGACACAGUGGGGAGGCUCCGCUGCACCCUGAGGGUCGUCCUCGGGUUUCCCGAGUGCCCCUCACGCCACCCCGCCCCGCCCCACCCCGCCUCGCAGCGCCACCCAGGUCUGUGCCUGGCCGCCCCGGCCGUGCUGACCCUGCGCCUGUGGUGUGUGCGUUUUUAGCCCUUUUUAAGACCCCAGUGUGGGAGUAAGUCUACACCUGCGGGGGACAGGUUCUCUGUAUGUUUAGUUAAAAAAUUGUUUGUAAUGUAUUUUUUUAGAAAUCUUAAAAUUGCCUUUGCACUGAACUAUUUUCAUAGCUGUUUAUAUCUCUUUUAUUCUUUUACUUGUUAAUGUAUCAUCUAAUAUUUAAAGUAUGUUUUUAAAGCUUUCAUUUUUUAAGUUUAUGACAUUUUUGGUCACUCUACAUUUAAAUUUUGUUGAGAGUUUUGGCUGAUGUUUCAAUAUCUGGUGAAUGGGAAUUUUCAGAUUUGAUUUUAUUUUCUCCACCUCUGUUUCCGGGUACUUUGGGGGCAGUGAUUAGUUGAAGGGAGUGUUUAGGGCACGAUAAUUUGCUGUGCUUUCUCCUCACAAUCCGUUGCAAUUCCGUCUGCUUUUUGUUUUUACUUUCCAUCCUUCAGCCUUAAGGACAGAAGACUGUCGCGUGGUGCUCCGGGUGCUGGAGCCCAGCUCUGCCUGCGCCCUGGCUGCUGCCCUCUAUCUCUAGUAGUUCAAGUCUUAGCAUGGAAGUCACUAAACUUCCACACGCUUUAAAAUGCCCUUUAAACAAAUGUUUGGGAAAUUAUUAAAGGAAUGUGCUUGAUCAUCUGAAAUAGACAAGGGGCAGGAGAUUUAAAAAUAAAAGGAGGAAAAGAAGAGCCCAGUGAAGUGACAUUUCGGGUGUGGUUUAACACGGUCUCCGCCUCCCAGGGAUUGGUACUGACCUGCUUCAGCUGACUUUACAGCAGGUGGUGUCAACUUUACACACCUGCCUUAGUUCUGAAGGUCAUAUUCACUCCUGCACAUGCUAAUGAGUCAUCAACUUGUAAUUUGCCGUAUUGAUCAGGACACAUGGUUUCCAGUUCACAUCCCAUUUCCUCACUGCAGAUCCUUAGACGUGCUUGAGUGGACCUGACUGCACCUGUGCCCUCUUACUUUCAGGUCCACGUUCACUCACGGCCGUGUGCAUGUGCAAGCUCGUGCACACACACACACACACACACACACACACGUGCACACACACCACACAUCCAUGCGGGCUCUCCUUACAUCCUCAGGGCCCCUGGGAGGAGCCUCUGGCCAGGCCUGGGAGGACAGGGCUCCCUGGAGUCCCCCCUUGUACACCCUGUAGUAUGAAGAGGCUCCUCCUGGCAAAGAUGUUCAGGGCUUUGCAGGGCAGGCUACGGCGGGUGAAGCUGCAGCUUUGCUGCCCUGAGCUGUUCUCUGAACAGCACUGCAGUGGCCUGGGCUGAGCUCUUCCCUUUCGGGGAAGUCCAGUCCCCCAGCUGGCACCUCCCCUCAGCCCAGCCCCCAGACCAAGUGCAGCAAGCGGGACCUGACCCUCCACAGCUGCGUGCCAUGUCCGCGUGCUUCUGGGAGCAUGGACCAGGCCUGUGCCACAUGCCAGCUAGGGAAACAGGCAUUUUUCUCUUUAAGUCAGACCAACCCCUCCCUGUGUGUUUCAGCGGAUGGGUGGACAGGCAGAGCAACCCACACCCACGGGGCCGGCGCGCCUGAGACCCUGGUGGGCCUCCGGAUGGGGGGUUGGGGGGGGAGGCUUAGAGAGCACAGCAGAUGUGACAAGCUAUCCAGUAACAGGUGACUCUCCAUUUGGCUUGCUGAGCAUUUUGCAUCUUUAACUACAAAAAUGUCUCAUACAGGCUGUGGUGACUGUUCUAAACUGUCAAGCACCGGCCAGUCUGUUCAGUGCAGUCUGAGGGCCUCCCGGCCAUGUUCCUUAAACCACUGAGUUCAUGUGUUUUGCACUGACUAGUAUUGAACUACUGCAGCCACUCUGUUUUAUCUUAAAAUUAAUAUUAUUUAUUUGACAACUCAAUAUAACAGCUUGGAAUUCAGGCCCGUGCAUUCUGCAUUUCUUUUGGAACUUACCCAUUUGUAACUUUAAAAACAGAGAAAAUACCAGCUGGCAGAUGCAGUCCUUUUUUUAGGUGUAGGGUGGUGAAAAUGAAGGAGAGAGUCGUCCGGAUACCGCAUCUGCAAACCGAGCUCAAUGAAGAUGUCUCGGGAGUGCUACGAAAGCGCGGCUCUGCUUUUGCAGAAAAAAACCUAAAGAUCAGUUUAUAUAGCUUUAUUUUUACCUUAUCAAAAUAUACAAAAUUUUAAUAUGCAUAUAUUGUCUCUGACUGAAAAUUAUGUGUCUGCGCUACCAUUUAAAAUGUCCAUUCUUUAUGUAAUGUAAUAAAAGAGAAUCUUCAAAAAUGUAUUUAAUAUGAAUGGUACAUAGUUGUCAUCAUCAUAAAUACUGGAAUUUAUUUUUAAAUUAUUAAACGUAGUAAGUACAUGUAAUGUAAGUCAGCCUCCAAACAGCAAUGUUUCACUGAUGAUAUUUCAUUAACCUGCUUUGAAAAAUUAAAUUGUGAAUUAAACCAAAUCUAACUUGUGUUUGAAGUUUA